AACCACAACAAACCACAAAGGGUUGAAAGUUGCGCGUUCGAUCGAUUUUUGUAACCAAAAAUUGAGCUUUAAUUUCCGAGUUUUCCAUGUAAGCGAUUUAAAAUGAACUCGAGAAAAAUCCAACAUGAAGAGACAUCUCUUGUGUCGUACUACAUUCUGUGCUUUCUUCGAGUAGUUCUGGUCUUCGUGCCCCAAACUGGGUACAUUCAUCCUGAUGAGUUUUUCCAGUCAGUGGAAGUGAUUGUUGGGGACGAAUAUGGUUUGGAAGUCACUAGAACGUGGGAAUUCAAUAACACUUUUCCCAUACGUUCAAUCACUCUUCCGUAUUUCGGAUUGAAGCUGCCAUUCAGUUUUCUAAGGUUCCUAUCCAUGUAUACCAAGUACUAUUUUGGCAUUAAUCUACGGGGAAGUUAUGUGACUCUAGUGUUUCCACGGUUCCUAAUGGUGGCACUAUCUUUCGUCAACGACUGGAGCCUACAGAAGAUUUGCACUGCUUAUGGUUUACAAAGUCAGUUUCGGCUGCUAACGCUAGCCAGUUCCUAUGUAAUGCUCGUAUAUUCCACUAGAACCUUCACAAAUUCGAUUGAAAUGGCCCUGUGCUCGCUAUUGCUUUACAUUGUCAGCGAUUGUAUGAUCCAUUCCAAUACGGUAAUCUACCAAAAAGAGUUUCUCGAAGAGAAAUACCAAAAAGCAAGAAACAAUGUCGAAAAGGUGAAGCUGUACAAAUUGAAGAGUUCACUGCCGCGACAUUCGCUCAACAAAUGUGCCCUGGUUGCAACACUCUGCGUGGCAGGAGUUUUCAACCGUCCAACUUUUCUCCUGUUUGGAAUGCCGCUGGUCUUUCACUGGCUGCUGCGAGGCAUGGGUACCCGGACUGUUUCGUUCGCCGAUUUUAAUGCGCGGAUUGUAACGUUCGUGCUGUCUGCACUACCGGCGCUUGUGUUUUUCAUUGUGGUGGAUUCAUUUUACUAUGGUUAUCUAACACCAGCAGAGCUGGAACGGAUGGAAAUUGGCAUCGAUAACUUUGUGGUGACUCCGCUGAACUUUAUUCGGUAUAACAUCAACUCGGAGAACACCAAGCAGCACGGUGUACACCCCUACUACUUACAUCUGCUGGUGAACAUUCCUGUUCUGUACAAUGUCCUGGGAGUUAUUGCGGUGGUUUCAUUUUUCACUAUUAUGUACAGGUUUGCAUCCAAUGAAUUGACGAACCUUCCCCGAGCACAAUCGUUCGUAGGACUAAUGCUUUCUGCGAUAUUCUUCCCGAUCUUCAUGCUGUCCUCCAUCAACCAUCAGGAACCACGCUUUCUCCUUCCAAUCACCUUGCCACUGGUGCUGUUGUAUGCUCCGAAGCUAAAAAGCGGGUUCUGCAGCUCCUACCCCUUCAAAAUACGAUCCAGAUUCAAGGACUUUUUGUACAACUACGUUCUCAGCACCCGCUCUAGCUCCCGCUAUCUGUUUCAAGUGUGGUACUCUACCAACCUAGCGCUGACCUUGUUUUACGGAUUUAUCCACCAGGGUGGAGUUUACCAGCUAGCGGCCCAUUUCGCCCACCACAUCGAACUGCGAUCAGCAACCACACAAAUCCAUCUGGUCACAAGUCACAUUUACAGCAUGCCACAAUGCUUCCUGAAUUUGCCCAGCAGCCAGACACUGCUGAUAAAUCCAGCAAAUGGCCAAAAGUAUCGCCGAGGAAAACAAUUUUUCCUCUACGAAUACGGCAGUAUGGAACUGCCCGAGCUAUACCGAAAGGUGAAACUCAUACUGGAUAUCAGCGAGAUGAAGGCAAUCAGCAGCAAUCAAAAAUAUGAACUCUACCUGGCCAUACCGUCCAGCUUGGCGGAGGAAUUGAACGAUGUGUUUCACAACCGCACAACGGCUCUAGUUAAACAUAGCCAGGUGACCGUGUUCUAUCCGCACUUAUCGCUGGAAGCUCCACCAAAAAUGUUGGGCCAACAUCUCUGCGGCAUUAACACCGACCUGGACGAAUUGGGUGACACGUGUCCUAUUUACGCCCACGAAGACGAACAAAAUCCAUACUCGCUAGCGCGGAUCCUUAGACAAUUUUCCUCGUUGGCACAUCAGUUCGGUUUGAUCCUGUACCGGAUCGAGGUACGCAAACGAAUCAAAUAACAGGAAAUGGUCCAUGCCAGGCUCACCAGUACGACAAUCUGGAUGACCGCCAGUGAUAUUCGAAGCUAGUCGAAACAUUCCUACGUGUACAUAGUUUAUCUAAAUUUUAUUGUGUUGAUCUCGAUGCAGUUGAAAAAACAAAUGCAUUUCUUUCAAAAAUAGUUACGACGCUAUAAUAUUUGCACAAAUUUGAGUCACAGCAAAUAAAACUUUUCGUUACAUCA